UUGCUCCGGGCAUUGUGGACCUGGUCCAGCUCCGCCACGCCGCCCUAGGCGACAGGAAAUGCGAGGGAGCGAUGCGCGGCUGAUCCAUCAGGUACUUCCAGCGCGAUUCCAUCGUCCNAGGGAUUAGGGUUUAGAUCCUCGCCUCCCCCCGGCUCCAUGGCGAGCGACGCGCAAGAGCCGGCCAAGCGCGCCGAGAUCUACACCUACGACGCGAACUGGCCGAUCUACGCCAUGAACUGGAGCGUGCGCAAGGACUCGCAAUUCCGGCUGGGGAUUGGCAGCUUUGUUGAGGAUUACAGGAACACGGUCCAGAUUGUGCAGCUGGACGACGAGAAGAACAAAUUCGUGGCGGAUUCCCGGCUGUGCUUCGAGCACCCCUACCCGACCACCAAGCUCAUGUUCAUCCCGGACAAGGAGUGCCAGCGGCCGGAUCUAGUGGCGACCUCGGGCGAUUUCCUGCGGAUAUGGCAAGUCGGGGAGGACAAGGUGGAGCUCAAGAGCUUGCUCAACAACAACAAGAACAGUGAGUUUUGCGCGCCGCUCACUUCCUUCGACUGGAACGAGCUCGAGCCCAAGCGCGUAGGAACGUCGAGCAUCGACACUACUUGCACGAUUUGGGAUAUAGAGAAGGAAGUGGUGGACACUCAGCUCAUCGCCCAUGACAAGGAAGUGAACGACAUCGCCUGGGGCGGAGUCGGGGUCUUCGCGUCCGUCUCGGCCGAUGGCUCCGUGCGAGUUUUCGAUCUCCGGGACAAGGAGCACUCGACGAUCAUCUACGAGAGCCCCCAGCCGGACACGCCGCUGCUGAGACUCGGGUGGAACAAGCAGGAUCCGCGCUACAUGGCCACCAUUUUCAUGGACAGCGUCAAGGUGGUGAUCUUGGACAUCCGCCUGCCGACGCUCCCGGUGGCGGAGCUCCAGCGGCACCAGGGGACCGUGAACGCCAUCGCUUGGGCUCCUCACAGUUCCUGUCAUAUUUGCACCGCGGGUGACGACUCCCAGGCGCUGAUCUGGGAUUUGUCAAACAUGAGCCAGCCGAUAGACGGGGGCCUGGAUCCGAUUCUAGCUUACACCGCGAAGGCCGAGAUCAACCAGCUGCAGUGGUCGUCCUCUCAAACAGACUGGGUCGCCAUCGCGUUUGCGAGCAAGCUAGAGAUUCUUCGAGUCUGAGAGGGGAGAGAAGAGGUGAAUCGUCCAGCUGCUGUAGUAGAGUAUAAGAAGCAAAGGUAUGCUGGUUUUUUUCUCUCUUUUCUGUUUAGCAUGGGAUUUUGCUGCUCGCCCAGUUGAGCCCCUUGACGGGGAGCCGGAUGAGAAUCAUAGCAAAGUUGGCGAUUGCUAAGCAGAAAGCACAGGAUGGGCAGACGCAAGCGACCAAGUUCCUGGAAGAACAAGGAAGAAAAAAAAGAGAUCUCAUCUCAAAGAAUAGUUUUUUUUUUUGUUUUUUGAGCAAAGCUUACCCGAUCAACCAUACAAACAUUCCCACCAGGGAUAGCAAA